AUGCUCCAAGUAACAACUGGCAAUGGAAAACCAUCUCUCAGCUCUGACCGUAAGGUUCGUUUCAGAUUGGCCGGCGCGGGCAUGCCAGGCGGCAUGGGCGGCGGGACCCUCGGCAGCGGCCACUGCCAACUGGCCAACCAGCCCCUGGUGAUGCCGGUGUUCCCCCUGCGGGCGACGCAGCCCAGCCCGGUGCCGGUCUACUCGCCGUCGCGCUUCCACAUAGACAAGCGCUGCCAGCACCGCUGCACGUGGAAGUGCCUCGCAAUAGCCAUGAUAUGCCUAUGCGUCAUACUAGCGGCUAUGCUGGCGUACUUUAUAGCCUUAUCGUCAAUUAAAACUAAUAUAGACAAUUCGAAUUGUAUCCUGGUCCAAGACGUGAAAGCGGUGACGCACGCUCAGGGAAUCCGAGAUUCACUGUCAACGUCCUCACCAUCUGAUGAAUCAAUAUCGACGUCUUCUUUGGGAGGAUGGUCGACGACGGCAGAAGCGUCGAUAGACUCCGCAGUGAUUCCUCAGCAGGCGCAACAAGCCGCGCCGCCCCCUUGGUCGCCGGCGUUAGAAGUCCGGGAAUUCGAUGAGUUGCACAGCGCGACCAUACCCGCCUACCAGUUCUGGAGCUCGGAAUUCCAUAGCAAGCAGCCGGCGUACGUCAGCCUUAACUUUACAGUACCUUGGGGGGCAAACUUCGCAGUGUACGGCAGACGGAACGUCGCACCGAGCGUCACUCAGUACGACUUCGUGGAAUUCAUACGUGGCGGACGCGUGGACCACAGGCUACGGAAAAGAAGGAGCACGUACCAAGGCGACAGUUUCCAACGCAGCCUGGACGAGUGGGACACAUUGCUGGGCACGAUCAAUCCGUUCCACCAGUGGAAUCACACGAUUAGCAAGCGAUCGACAGACAUGAGGGUGAACGUCAGCAUACUGCAGUACCUGGAUACCGGCAGAUGGUUCAUAUCGAUAUACAACGACGAGCUGCAACCGCACAGCGUCGAGAUGAUUGUGUCUGAAGCCGAGGGCGUGACGAACUCGUGUCCGGAUGAUUGCUCGGGACAUGGAUCCUGCUACCUCGGGAAAUGCGAUUGCAUGGACGGCUUUGAAGGACAUGACUGCUCGAAAAGUGUUUGUCCGGUGCUAUGUUCUGGUCACGGAGCUUACGCAGGAGGGGUCUGCCAUUGCUCCGAGGGCUGGAAGGGGCCGGAAUGUGAUGUACCAGCGCAUGACUGUGAGCCCGCAGAUUGCUCCGGACGCGGUCAAUGCAUAGCCGGGCAUUGUCAUUGCAAGCCAGGAUGGAAAGGACUAAAAUGCGACGAAGAGGAUUGCUUGGAUCCGAGCUGCGGUGGCCACGGCUCGUGUGUUCGCGGGCGCUGCGUGUGUCGCGCGGGGUGGCGCGGUGCGGCCUGUAGUGAGAGGGACGCUCGGGUGCAACGUUGCUUGCCAGCCUGUUCGCAACGUGGCGUGUACGACCUCGACGCUGGACGAUGCGUGUGCGAUCCUUUAUACACUGGAGACGAUUGUUCGCAAGUUGUUUGCUCGUUGGAUUGCGGGCCCCACGGUGUGUGCGCGGAGGGCGUGUGCCGCUGCGAUGACGGCUGGACGGGAUCUUUGUGCGACCAACGCCCCUGCGACUUGCGCUGCCACGAGCACGGCCAGUGCAAAAAUGGCACAUGCGUCUGCACUCAGGGCUGGAACGGGAAACAUUGCACACUACCUGGCUGUCCAAACGGCUGCUCCCGUCACGGCCAGUGUCUCUUAGAGGAUGGCGUUUAUCGCUGUUCCUGCGCUGACGGUUGGGCGGGCACCGACUGCUCCAUAACCCUCGAGCUGUCCUGCAGCGACAACGAAGACAACGACGAAGAUGGCAUGACGGACUGCUCGGACUCGGAGUGCUGCAGCCGACCGGAGUGCUCCGAGCACAUAAUGUGCCUCGCGUCCAACGAUCCCGUCGAGGUGUUGCUUCGCAAGCAGCCGCCCUCUGUCACCGCCUCCUUCUACCAGCGCGUGAAGUUCCUCAUCGAGGAAAACUCUGUACAGAGCUACGCGCACAUGGACGAGUACUCAGAGAGCCGAGUUUCCGUGAUGCGGGGGCAAGUUGUCUCCCCACAAGGGCUCGGUAUCAUCGGCAUACGCGUGUCCGUGGACCGGGAAGCCCGUUUCGGCUUCACGCUGACGCGCCAAGGCGGAUGGUUCGACGUGCUGGUGAACGGCGGCGGUGCGGUGACCCUGCAGUUCCAACGGUCACCAUUCAAGCCGCUGCGGAGGACCGUCUUCGUGCCGUGGAACCAGAUCGUGGUGCUGCCUCCGGUGCAGAUGGAGCUCAGCGACGACAGCGUCAAAGUGCCAACCCCGAGAGCGCCGCCGCGACUCGACUGGUCGCCGAUGCCGCAAUGGUGGGAGGUGGAGACGCCGCCGUGUGCCGCUCACGACCACGAGCGGCUGAGGCCCGAAGUUGUCGCGAUGCCGCCACUGGCUUCGCCCGCGGCCUCGUCCGCCACAACGACUACUGUAAUAUACCCUGAAGCACAGAUCGUCAGCGAGUCGAUCGGCAUACCGGGCUCCUCCGUCAAACUGACGUACCGCUCGUCCCAAGCGGCCGGCUACCUGUCGUGCGUGCACGUGCAGCUGACGCGGCGCGUUGUUCCCGCCUCGCUCUCCCGAGUGCACGUGCGCGUCGAGAUCGAGGGCUCGCUCCACACGCACACGUACGAAGCGGACCCGGAUCUGACGCACGUGUUCGCUUGGAGCAAGCGAAACGUGUACAAGCAGAAGGUCUACGGCCAAGCGCAUGCGAAAAUCUCUAUCGGUUACGAGUACACGUCUUGUUCUUCUAUCGUGUGGGAGACUCAAACCGCGACACUGGCCGGCUUCGAUGUUGACAUCUCGGAUAUUGGUGGUUGGGGUCUGGACAUCCACCACCACUACAAUUUCCACGAGGGUAUACUGCAAAAAGGCGAUGGGGCCCUGCUGCAUCUGAAGCAAUACCCUCGCACUGUACAGGUGGUAAUGGGAACCGGUCUGCAACGCUCCUUGGAGUGCCCCGACCACUGCAACGGCAAGGCAGCGGACUCCCGCUUGCUGACGCCAACAGCGCUGACCUCGGGUCCGGACGGUUCCCUUUACGUCGGCGAUUUCAACCUAGUGCGACGGAUAACACCCGAGGGUGUGGUCACCACCGUUCUGCAGCUAGAGACAACUCAGGUCGCGUACCAAUACUACAUCUGCAUAUCGCCUGCGGACGGCUACCUCUACGUGUCGGACUCCGAGAGGCAUCAGGUGCGGAGGGUGCUGGUGCUGGAGAAAGUGAGGGAUCCCUCGGCGAACUCCGAACCGGUGGUCGGCAACGGUGACCGUUGUGUCCCCGGCGACGACACCAACUGCGGCGACGAAGGGCCCGCGAUCAAAGCCAAGCUGUCCCAUCCCAAAGGACUAGCCAUCGCGGCGGACAGGACGAUGUACAUAGCCGACGGGACGAACAUCCGAGCGGUCGACCCGAACGGCAUAAUCCACACGUUGGUUGGCCACCACGGGCACCACAACCACUGGUCACCGGUCCCGUGCCGCGGCGCCAUACCCCCUUACGAGGCUCAGCUGCAAUGGCCGACCGGUGUCGCUCUAUCGCCCUUAGACGGCUCACUCUACUUCAUUGACGACAGGAUCAUACUGAAGCUCACCGUAGACAUGAAGAUCAAAGUGGUCGCCGGCCAGCCCUCCCACUGCCGCAUCGGGAGCGACGGCAAGCCGAUAAGCAAGGCGACGAACAAAACGAACACCGAAUUCCGCGAGGACUCGAACCUCGGAACCAUCCUGGCGAUCGCGUUCGCCCCCAGCGGCAUCCUGUACGUGGCGGAGUCGGACUCGAAGAAGACGAACACGAUAAAAUCUAUCGAUCCGUCCGGGAAGAUUAUGCACUUCGCUGGCAAGCUGCAGGAGAAUCUGAAGGAGCUCAGCUGCGAGUGCAACACAUCUGUUUCGGCGACAUUCGUCCCGGUCAUGUUCCGCGAGGAGGGCGCCGGCUGCCCCUGCAAGCUGAGCGUCGUCGGUGGGGACGAGCCGCCGACGAGCACAGAAACUCUACUGUCGUCUAAUGCCAAAUUCCAAACGAUCUCCGCUCUAGCCGUCACCCCUGAUGGCGUGCUUAACGUUGUCGACCAAGGCUCCCUUCACAUAUUGGCGUUAAAGCACUACCUGCCGACGCAUGACGAAAAUGGCGAGUUCAGAAUCCCGUACCCGCCCACUUCCGAAAUUUACGUCUUUAACCGAUACGGGCAACAUAUCACCACUAAAGACUUGACGUCCAGCAAAACGAGAUACUCAUUUUUAUAUUCGAAAAAUACCAGCUUCGGUAAACUAUCAACCGUGACUGACGCCUCGGGAAAUAAAAUACAACUUUUGAGGGAUUACAGCAACAUUGUCAGCUCUAUAGAAAACACUCAAGAUCACAAACUGGAACUUAAAAUUUCCGGCAUUGGCUAUCUGACUAAAAUAACGGAGAAGGGCACUUACGAAAUCGAAUUGGAUUAUGACGCAAAUACGGGACUACUUAACAGUCGAUCUGGGGCUGGUGACACUGUUAUCUACAACUACGAUGAAUUAGGCCGGGUAAUGAAGAUCAUAAUGCCUUCUGGAGAACAAGUGCACAUAACAUCGGGACUAGCUAAAAACUACGGCUUGGCGGUAACCGUCGCUAACCCAUCAAGCACCAUUCCCGUUGGUGUAGCGAAAAAGUGCGAAUACGUUUUGCACGGACAAUCCUUCAAACAGAUCACAAUAAAUAACGGAAAGCAAGUCACCGAAGGUAGAAUUUACUCGAACAACACUUUAGUGCUCGAAACACCUUGGUCCGGUAAAUUUGAGAGUAUUGCAGCGGCCAAACAUCCGUUGCUGGAGGCAGCUCUACCGAUAGAAGCCGAGAUGCUUCACAUGUGGUCACACCAAAGCACAACAUUUGGUGAUGGAUUGGUGAAUAACAUGUACUCCUUAUACACGUUGGUUGGUGACGUAAGAAAUCCACAGCAAACCCUUAAUCGCGAAAUAUGGGUAAACGACUCACGGGUUCUGAUAAUAGAAUUCGACCAAUUUAAGAGCCGGGAGACAUUCUUCAACGCCGACAGAAUUCCUCUAUUCACAAUAUCCUAUGACGUAGCUGGAUUACCUUUGUCUUUCACUCCUCACGGAGCUGGUGUACCGCUUAAUAUUUCAUAUGACCGCUUCUAUAGGAUCAAUGGUUGGAAAUGGGGUGUUACCGAGGAGACGUAUAAUUACGACCCCCACGGCAUGCUGUCAGAAAUAACGAGCACACAAGAUGGCACCAAAUUUAUAUACUACAACGAAGGAAAUCUCGUAUCAAAGAUCACGUUGGCUAGCCAAAGAAGCUUCAAGUACUUGUACGACGACGAUGGUGGCUUAACACAUGUCCUUUUGCCAUCGGGCACCAAUCAUUCAUUUAGCGUACAGCCUUCCAUCGGAUUUCUAAGAGUCACGUAUACCCCGCCAGGAUCUUCUAAGAAAUACUUGCAGCACUACUCUCAUACAGGGGAGUUGCUUCAAACAGUAUUUCCUGGUGACGGCGCUCGAGUUAUUUACCGUUACUUUACAAACAACAAAGUAUCCGAAGUCAUACAUGGUGAUGGACAAACACAAAUACACUAUUCCGAGACCAGUGGACUCCCGUCUGAAAUACUCCACGUGGAUAGAGAUGUUGAUUACCGUUGGGAGUCUACUUACGCUGGUGGCCUUCUGAUGGAAGAGAGGCUAGACUACGGAGCCAAAACUGGCCUCAGCAAUGCGAAAAUUAUUUACGACUAUGACAACAACUACAGGAUUGUUUCCGUGCAAGGCCGUAUAGGCGGACAGACACUUAUUCCCCAUCACAUCGUUUACAAUAGCAAAACGGGUGCACCCGAAAUACUAGGCCAGUUUACCGUUUCAAAACAAAAAUGGAACGAAACGUCCGUAUAUGACGGAAUCGCCAUGUUUUCGCGUGUAUUAAGUGAUCAGUUCCUUGAGAAGGAAGUUACCGUCAACAUUCACCGUAUGGAGGUCUUCAGAAUGGAGUUCUCAUACGACAGGCACGGGAGAAUAUCUCAAACUAGGACUCACACAAGAAACGUCGGUGUCAACACCUACACGAACGUCAAGAACUAUACUUGGGACUGCGAUGGGCAGUUGACUGGGGUGGAGGCACAAGAGCCGUGGGGAUUUAGAUAUGACGACAACGGAAACAUGCUGUCCUUGACUUACAGGGGCAACACCAUUCCCAUGGAGUAUAACGACAUGGAUCGAAUUAUCAAGUUCGGCGAGGGCCAGUAUCGCUACGAUAGUCGUGGCUUGGUAUCACAAAACGCUAGGGAGGAGAGAUUCCAAUACAACGCCAAAGGUCUACUGAUUAGGGCGACCAAGCGUGGAAGAUUUGACGUCCGUUAUUACUACGACCACCUAGACAGGCUCUCCACAAGGAAAGACAACUUCGGUAAUGUUACGCAAUUCUUCUACACCAAUAAAGAAAAACCCCACGAGGUCAGCCACAUUUAUUCACCCCGUGAAAAUAGGUUCAUGACGCUGGUUUAUGACGACAGAGGUCACCUUAUCUAUACUCAGGUGGCCAGACACAAGUAUUAUAUAGCGACUGAUCAAUGUGGUACUCCUGUAAUGGUAUUCAACCAAUAUGGGGAAGGAAUUAGAGAAAUUAUGAGGUCACCAUAUGGACACAUUGUUUACGACUCUAACCCGUACUUAUACUUGCCAGUAGACUUCUGCGGAGGACUUUUGGAUCAAGUGACAUCAUUAGUUCACAUGGCAAAUGGGAAGGUGUAUGAUCCUUUAAUAGGCCAAUGGAUGUCACCUUUAUGGGAGAACCUUAUCGAGAGAAUUACUAAUCCCACUCAGUUGCACCUGUACCGAUUUAAUGGCAACGACCCAAUUAACGUACGACCUCAAAACAAGAAACCGAUUGAUCAUCUAUCUUGGCUUGAAUUGUUAGGCUACGAUACUAAGAGCCUAGCCCCGCAACUCUACCCGGACGAGCUGCCGGGCGGCUCCGUGAUGCCGAGCAUACCGCGCGGUCGGCCCGUGUGGGGCUCCGCUCCCGUAGACAGCAAUCCCGGCCUACCCUCCGCGAUGUCGCUUCUCCCCAGCGUCUCCAUCGAGUCCGGCUUCCUGUCGCACAUGUCCAACAAGAGGAUCGCGGACUUCAGGAGCCUCUCGAUACCCCCGAUGUCCGCCUUGAAAACGGACGCCCUGAACCUAGCGCCGAAGCGGAUUGGCUGCGACUCGGAGCCGCCCUUCGGCCGCGGGAUCCUCGUUUCGCGGAACUCCCGCGGCCGCGCGGUGGUCACGACCGUGCCGUCGGCGAACGCGAUCUACCGCGACGUGUACACGUCCGUGUUCAACCGCUCGCACCUGCUGCCCUUCUCGUUCGUGGUGCACGGCGACCAGCAGGACGUGUUCUACUUCGUGAAGGAGGACACGUGGCGCGCGGCGGACGACAAGCAGCAGCUGAAGCGGAUGCAGGGCAAGCUGAACGUGACGUUCCACGAGGCGACCGAGGGCGGCAGGUCGUACGCGGACGUGCGCAUCCACGGGCGGACGAGCGUCGUGAACCUGCGGUACGGCACGAGCGCGGAGAGGGAGCGGCAGCGGCUGCUGCACCACGCGCGCGCCACGGCCAUCAGGAAGGCGUGGCACCGCGAGCGCGAGGCGCUGCGCAGCGGGCUCGGCGCGCUCGACUGGUCCGCGGCCGAGCUCGAUGAGAUCCAGAAGGCCGGCUCGGCGGCCGGCUACGAGGGCGAGUACGUGCACGACGUCGCGCGCUACCCCGAGCUCGCCGAGGACCCGUACAACGUGCGCUUCGUGAAGCGGCGCAGCGAGCGCGCCGAGCGCCGCCGCCGGAAGCGCGACUGCCGCGGCCCCUGGUGGCUGGCGCGCGAAACGCCGUGC